UACGAUUAUUUGUAAGUUUCAUUUCCAAGAUACCCCAAAGUGAAUCAAUAUUCAACGUCCAAGUCAAUUAACCGCCGUAAUGAUCAAAAUAAUUAGUGCGGGACAAAGUUAUACAAGUUCACCCGACAUUGACGGGACAGCAAGGUACCGGUCAACGUAGUUUAUUCCUUUUUUUUUGCGGAAGAUAAUCAGGCAUUAAUAAUCGUUGUUCGGUGACGUCGCUGCGAAUCUUAUUUGUUUUUUGCAAGUGAUAAAAAUUUACAUAUUAAUGAACGUUGGUACGGUUUUGCGACACGCACUCUCUCUCGAACGGGGCUGCAGGGGCAGGAAAAAGACAAGGAGCACAAUUUUGUACCAUAUUUCGCCGCAUGGAAACCCACCCACAAACCCUUCGGGAAUACCUGAUUACAGCGAACGGGUAUAAAAGAAGCCCGUGAUUAUUCUUUGAUACACUCCAUCUUCUUCGUUUACAUCGUUACCAACGUCUUCCCGGUCCACCGGCAACUCGAAUCCCGCAGAAGCCUGCACUAGCUCGAGAAGAAAGUAGAGAAGAGUCAAAAGAGAAUAAACAAACAAUAAAAGUGUGCAGCUAACGUCGUCAUUGUAAUAAAAGGACCUGCCACUCUAGUUCCGAAAGCAACUCGUAACGAUUAUUGCAAGGUGAUAUACAAUUACAUCGUCAUCUCCAGGACAAAAUGCACUCUGCCGAACUUCUCGUCUCGUUGCCAUUAAUUUUCACCAUGCUCGCAAGUGUUCUCUUCACAUGCGAUGCCCGUUCAGCCGGGGUGUGCAGGAAUCGCGAGAGUUGCGGCGACAAGUGUGACGAAUGUAUGUGGGGUAGCACAUUCGCCGAAGAAUGCAACUUCGUUGAGUGCGGGAAGGGUCCGGGACAGCGAUGCGGGGGGCGUCACAACAUGUGGGGAAAAUGCGGCGAGAGCCUGGAUUGCCAGUGCAACAAGUGCCACGGCUGCAGUAGUACCAGCAUAGGCAAAGAAUGCUACAACCACGGUUACAACCAUCUCUGUCUACCUCACGAGGGCAUUCGCGAGGGACUCGAAUGGCUACGAGAUUCCUCCUACGUAAACCUUUGAGCUACCUACUUCCACACGUCAUCGGCUUGUGACGAUUACAUCCGCAGAGAUCUACAUCUACGUCUUCGUCAACAUCCGCAUCUGUUUAUAAUAAUAUACCAAUAGCCAUCAGCUGUGACUGCCUACAACUUUGUAAUGACGAUUCGAUGUGUAACGCACCUUAAUAUCAUGGGCUGUCCAAGUAUUAAAUCCUGCAUGAAUA